CUCUCUCUCUCCCUCUCUCCUAUAUUAUGCAUGAUCUUUCCAUGCAUUACAUGAAGCUCCUCUCUAUUUGAGCAACAUUGCCCUUUCAAUUUGCAUUUCUUGAAUCUCUACACAAGUGCCAACAUGAAGUUUGGCAAAGAAUUCAUAUCCCAAAUGGUGCCAGAAUGGCAAGGAGCAUACAUGGACUAUGCAUACCUCAAAACCCUUCUAAAAGAAAUCCAUCUUUUCAAAUUCAAAACAAAACCACCACAAUCAACCACCAAUGCACAAGGACUAACAAGAAGGCUCACUCUGUACCGAGCUUUCAGUGGCCUAACUCAAAGAAUCACUUCUCCUGGAAUCAGCUCCAAUACUAAUGACAUCGAGAGCCAACCGAUCCUAGUGAAUUCGGUCAAGAAAUCAGAUGGGGAAUUCGGAUUAGAAACCAUGUUUCUAAUGACAGGAGAUGAAGGUGGUGAGUAUGAGCUUGUGUACUUCAGAAGACUUGAUGAUGAGUUCAAUAAGGUAAUUAAGUUUUAUAGAGGUAAAGUUGAUGAGGUGAUGAAGGAGGCUGCAGUGCUGAACAAACAAAUGGAUGCCCUGAUAGCUUUUCGGAUAAAAGUGGAUGAUCCACACUAUGAAUGGCCGGAUAGUGCCAGAGAGAUGACUCGUCUUGCUUCGGAUGUUGCUGCCUCAACGGCUUCAUUAGCAGCUUCUACUCCUGGAAUGAAAGCCAGCAGGAGAGUGACUGUGAUGGAUAUGAUAGAAGAGGACAGAUCACUCGAGGCACAGUCAGAUGAACCAUCAGCCGAUCAAGAGAAAGGAAAGCAAGGAAACAAAUUUGUUCAAGGACUCAAGGCAAUGAACUCGAAAGAUUAUGAUGAUCAGAAAGAAGUUUUCAAUGAAAACAGAGGUACUGGUCAAGAACUCAAGCCAAUGAGUAAUAUGAGGACGAAAAGACCUGCUCCAUUGGAAAUACUUAACCGUGUGACGAUAAAUAAUACACUUGAGACGCCCCGUUCAUCCAUUAGAGGCAUUCUCAAUGUUCCUAAUCAGACAGAGUUGAAAUUUAGCAAGGAAAACCUUAGCAAAGUUGAAGAUCAACUAAAAAGCGCAUUUGUUGAAUUUGACCACAAGCUUCGACUUCUUAAAAGUUACAGCUUCUUGAACAUUAUGGCAUUCUCAAAAAUCAUGAAGAAGUACGAUAAGAUCACUUCCAGAUAUGCUUCAAAGUCCUACAUGAAAAUGGUCGAGAGCUCUUAUCUAGGAAGCUCCGAGGAGGUAACUAAGGUGAUGGACAGGGUUGAAGCAACAUUCAUCAAGCAUUUUUCGAAUUCAAAUAGAAAGAAAGGACUUAGCAUUCUAAGACCAAAGGCUAAAAGGGAAAGACAUAGAGUAACUUUCUCUUUAGGCUUCUUUGCCGGGUGCACAAUAACACUUAUUUUUGCUCUCGUUUUGCUUAUUCAUGCGCGCCAUAUCAUGAACAAGGAAGGCCAGAGAAAGUAUAUGGUAACCAUGUUUCCUCUGUACAGCCUUUUUGCCUUCAUCGUUCUACACAUGCUUAUGUAUGCUGCAAAUGUAUACUUCUGGAGACGUUAUCGGGUCAAUUAUCCUUUCAUAUUUGGAUUCAAGGAAGGGUCUGCAUUAGGUUACAGAGAGGUUCUUUUAGUUGCAUUUGGUUUUGCAGUGUUAGCAUUAGCAAGCAUUCUUGCAAAUCUUGACAUGGAGAUGGACCCUAAAACAGGCGAUUACAAAAGAUUCACCGAGCUUCUUCCUCUAGGAGUAGUCCUAAUUGCAUUUUUUGUCAUAAUCUGCCCCUUUAACAUCAUUUAUCGUUCCAGCCGCUUCUUUAUACUAACCUGUGUGUUCCAUUGCAUCUGCGCCCCUCUUUACAAGGUUGCACUUGCGGAUUUUUUCUUGGCAGACCAACUUACUAGCCAAGUUCAAGCUCUCAGGAGUCUCGAGUUCUAUAUCUGUUACUAUGGCUCAGGUGACUACGCGCACAGAGAUAGCAGUUGCAGUUCAAGUGAAAUAUACAACAUUUUCCAUUACAUUGUGGCUAUCAUUCCAUAUUGGUCGCGGCUUCUCCAGUGUUUAAGGCGACUAGUUGAAGAAAAAGAUGGUAUGCAAGGACUAAACGGAUUGAAAUAUUUUGCAACAAUUGUGGCUGUGACAACCAGGACAGCCUACAGCCGCAGCCAUAGUGAUGAGUGGUAUAAAAUAGCCUGGGUUGCUUCAGGGGUGGCCGCGGCCUCUGGGACUUACUGGGACCUUGUUCUGGACUGGGGGCUUCUGCAAAGAAAUUCUAAGAACCGUUGGUUGAGAGACAAACUCCUAAUACCUCGCCACAGUGUAUAUUUUGGAGCCAUGGUUCUGAAUGUGUUGCUGAGGCUCGCGUGGCUUCAAACAGUUCUGGACUUCAGAGUCUCUUUCCUACACAAAGAAACUCUGAUUACUAUUGUGGCCAGCCUAGAGAUUAUUCGUCGAGGCAUCUGGAACUUUUUCAGGUUGGAGAAUGAGCACCUGAAUAAUGUGGGAAAAUACCGGGCUUUUAAAUCAGUACCAUUACCUUUCCACUAUGACGAAGACGAAGACAAGCAAGGAUGAUUCCUGUUAAAUUUCGCGUUAUGUUUGUGUUGUAAAAGGGCAGCAUAAGUUUCUAGAUUCUUUGCUUUUUUUCAUGGUAUCAGAUGUCAGAAAAGUUGGACCUACAAUAAUCAAUCAUUUCACGAGAAACAUCGAAA